AUGGAUCUUGAUCUGCUAAUCAAAGCAGAAAAACUGAGAUUCGGAGUUGUUGAAAAUUUGAAAGAUGCAGAUGAAUUUUUUAAAUCAAUCGAUAACAAGGACAAAUCUGUUACUGUCAUUCACAUUUACGAAUACAAUAUUUCUGGAUGCGAAGCUAUGAAUGGAUUUCUUAUCACACUUGUCAAGGAAUAUCCUCAGGUGAAAUUUUGCAAGAUACAUGAUAGUCUCGGAACGGACUUUUACGCUUCCGACGUCGAAUCUUUUCUUCUAGAACGCGGCAUGAUUUUCGAUAGGAAUUGUGUACCAUCGAUAACCAAAAAUUCCAACGAAAAGGACAGUGACUAA